GGACUGAAAACUUGCAACAUGACAUAAUAUAGGUGAGGUGAUGGUGAGGAUCCCCCACGGUGCCCCAGUUGGCUCCAUCAGAUGCCUUGAUUUUGAUCCCGCAGGAUCUUUCCUCCAGCAGGGAGCAGCUCUUAUCUUCAUUUGCUCCAUCUCUGACCAUUCACUUUUAGCUUCUUCGUGUCCCUCACUGUCUGUCUGUCUGUCUUGUCUGUCUGUGUCCUCCUCACACCCACGUUUCUUGAUUUUCUGUGCCAUAGUUUUCCAUUUCCAAAUCCUACAAAAACCCAGAAACCACACUGCCUCUCAUUUCCUUUUCCUCUUACCCUCCUAGUCCCAUCCCAUCAUUCUUGUUUCUGGGCUCUCUGCUCACUUUGCAGGGACAACUAGGAAGAAGGGAAAGAAACCAAAGGGAGUUUGUUGAGGGGUGGUUGUUACCGGAGUGACUGAGAUAGAGGAAAGUGGUGGUGGGGGGGGAUGAAGAUACAGUGCGAUGUGUGCGAGAGGGCUCCGGCGACGGUGAUAUGCUGCGCCGACGAGGCGGCUCUCUGCUCCAAGUGCGACUUCGAAGUCCACACCGCCAACAAGCUCGCGAGCAAGCACCAGCGCCUCCUCCUUCAGUGCCUCUCCAAUUACAAGCUCCCCCGCUGUGAUAUCUGCCAAGAGAAGGCAGCUCUCAUUUUCUGCGUAGAGGAUAGAGCACUCUUCUGUCAAGACUGUGAUGAAUCGAUUCAUUCGGCUCAUAGCCUUUCGGCCAACCACCAGAGGUUUCUUGCCACUGGAAUCCGGGUGGCUUUAAGCUCCAAGUGCACAAGUGGCAGCCAGAAGGGUCCCUUCGAGCCACCAAGCCAGAAUACCCCACAAAACCCGAUGAAAACCCCAAAACCACAACAGGCUUCUCUGUCAACAGGAUGGAGCGUCGAUGAACUGUUGCAGUUAUCAGAGCUCGAGUCCUCUGAGAAGAAGGAUCAGCUUGGGUUCGGAGAGCUAGAGUGGCUAGCUGACGUGGGGCUCUUCGGAGAACAGAGCACUCAUCAUCAGGAAACCCUUACUGCAGCUGAGGUUCCUCAGCUCCCAGUUUCACAGCCGAGCAGCUUUCCUGCCCCUAACUGCCGGACCAACAAAUUCACCGUCUCUGCACAGAAGAAGCCGAGGAUUGACAUUGCAGAAGAUGAUGAUGAUGAUGAUGAGCACUUCACUGUCCCCGACCUCGGCUUGGAUUGAAAACCUAUGUUCCCUUACUCUAUCUCGCAUUGGUGGAGAGGUACAGAUUUGGUAGUUUAUCUGGCUAGCUAGCUUAAUUACGAUAAUAUAUAUCUAUAUAUAUAUGAUCUACUGAUGAUUUCAUACGCUUAGUGAGGUCGAUAUUAUUAGCAGAAUUUAUACAUAGAUAUAAUCGGUACUCGUAUAAUAUUGGAAGAUAUUAUGUGUCCUUCCUGAUUGAGCAUUGUAUCCCAAAGAACGUGUUCCGACACAUAAAGUAUGUAGACGGUUGUAAUACCUGCUUUCUCACGUAGUUUGGAAACUGGAUCAAGCCGGCUGGUCAGACCGGUGGACAGGACACUAAACUGCUACCUGUUUGGGGAAUUCGGUAAGGAUCGAAUCUGCAACUAUGUAUGAAGCUAGUUUUUUGUUGAGCAA